CGGGAGGGGAGGAAGCAGCAGGAGCCACUAAGCAGAGGGGACUCUCCAGCUCCCAGAUGCUCGGGCUCCUGGGGAGCACGACUCUCGUGGGCUUGAUCGCAGGCGCUGCUCUGGCCGUUCUGCUGCUGCUGCUGGUGCUGGCCACCUGCCUGCACGGUGGACAGCAGGACCACGAUGUGGAGAUGAACCGUCCAGCUGUAAGGAGACACCGAGUUCGGCAGACCCGGCCUUGGUUCUUCCCAGCCCGGGGCCGCCUGGGACACUUUCACCACCCCCACCAUCCCCACCAUCCGGGCCAUGGACCUCACAUGCACCAUGCAGGACUGCACCACCACCGCCCCCACCAGACCCACCUCCACACCCUCCAAGGCCGCUGCUGA